AGACUCAACAAGUCUCAUGCCGAUGCCGAUGCCGAUGGCGAAAUCAAGCCUCCGAUCCGUCGCCUCCCUUUGCAGCCGCGCGGCCAAGCUCGGCACCAGGAGCUUCUCCUCUGCCGCUCGUUAUGACGAAGCCUAUGAAGCGGAGAAAUGGGAGAAGAUCUCGAUCGCGGGAAUCGUCACCUGCGCUGUGCUCUCGAUCUAUAAUCUGUCCAAGGGCCAUCACGAGCAUCCCGAGCCUCCGCCUUACCCAUAUCUCCGCAUCCAGAAGAAGGAUUUCCCUUGGGGUCCAGAACCCCUCACUGAGCACAUCAAAAAGAAGUCCUCGAAGCAGUAGCAUACCUUUACGAGGAUGCUUACUGUUAGUGUAAACACCCUUGAGCCGUGGCCUCGGGGCCGACGCGGCUUGGUCCGGAUCGUGUUGUCGAGGGGAUCUUUCGGUGGUGUGCCUUGCGGUGGUCCAGGGGACGCGAGUUGUGCCGUCGGACCCCCCUGGGGCUUGGCGGGGGCCGUCGUCUCGGUACCUGCACGAAGGCCGGGUCGGCAGGUCGGCCCGACCCCUCCGACGAUCAAGUUAGCAAUGAGGUGGAGAGGGUUUUGGAAGAAGAAAAGUAGAAGUUCCUCCAGGUGUGUUGCGCCUUUUUUCCCCCCUUUCCAUUCAGGGCAUGAGGAUAUUUAUAGGUAAGCUUGAUGUUACUUGAUGUGGCUGCUCGCAGGGGCAGGACGGCACCCCGCGUGGUGCCUGGCACGGUUACUAGGACUGCGUGGAGGGCCGGGCUGCCGUAGGGUAUGGGCGUGCCUCGGUUGACGUGUUCCUUAACUUCGGCCGAGCGCACGGGGCUAAGUGCCGGGGUUGUUGGCUGAGAGCUGGUGGCGUUGGCGUGACGGAUUGGGUCCAGUCAAGGCGUUAAUGCGCCUUGGUCGGCGUCCCGGGGUUUCGUUGACCUGGGGGCGUGAGACAUUCGUUUAGGGUGACUGACGUCAUUCAAAUCUUGUCGUCAUUAUUAUCCUCAUCAUAUUCCCUCCCGGAAAGAAGCUAUGCGUCGGCGGUUGUAGCGGGAGUCUGAGGCAUGGCUUCAGCUUUUGAGUUGGCUGGCCGCGGAGGCGCAGUCUCGGGGGGUAUGGAAGUAGGUGGUGCCUCGAGUGGCGUAAGGCCAAAGAGCCGAGGGGCGACCGAGUAUGUCUUGGGUGGCGUAAAGCCAAAGAGCCGAGGGGCGACCGAGUAUGUCUUGGGUGGCGUAAAGCCAAAGAGCCGAGGAGCGGCCGAGUAUGUCUUGGGUGGCGUAAAGCCGAAGAGCCGAGUAUGUCUUGGGUGGCGUAAAGCCGAAGAGCCGAGGAGCGGCCGAGUGUGUCUUGGGUGGUGUAAAGCCAAAGAGCCGAGGAGCGGCCGAGUGUGUCUUGGGUGGCGUAAAGCCAGAGAGCCGAGGAGCGGCCGAGUAUGUCUUCGGUGGCGUAAAGCCGAAGAGCCGAGGAGCGGCCGAGUACGUCUUGGGUGGCGUAAAGCCGAAGGGCCGAGGAGCGGCCGAGUAGUACUGCCCAGGCGGGUCAGCGGGUCCGUUUAAAUUCGGCGACGGGGUUCUUAAAAGCUACCGCGUUAAAUUUUGCCUCGUGGAGGGGGAGUUACUUUUACUGCACGUCUCCGGGCGUCGGGAUCGAGGCGCUCGGACGGCGCCGCUUCACCAGGGUUUGCCACGUCAGGCCUUUCAUUAAUUUGGAGCGCCUUGGGGCGUCUUUCGAUGUGACGUUACGACCGCGCACUUGCGCAAGUGGGAUGCCGCCCAUUCUCGGGAGCCGAUGAGACACUGGUUCUGGCGGGACAUCCCCUUUAAAUGUUUGGACGCCUGUCCUCACCUCCACCCCUCGCUGUUGUGCUUCCUCCUUCGAGCCCUGCCAUUGUGUCCCCAGGCUUCUUCCUGGCCUUCUGUGCGGUUUUUGUCUUCUUUCUAAGGUCAGUCGAGAUGUUGCUCUCUCUUUCCCCAUUUUCCUCUCCGUCUUCCUCUCCUUCUUUUCCUGUGCUCGGGAUUGGAGAGGGAGGUCCCCCUCCGUCCUUCGUUGAGUCGCCUGACGAGGAGACGACACGGUCCCUUGAGGCUCUGAUGUGGCCGCACGACAUCGACUCUACUGUGAGUGGGCCUUCGCUGGAGGGACUCCGCGAACGUUACUGCAUCCCGGGAGAUCAUAUCCUCAGUGCUCCUGAGCCGGGGCAGCGGGCGUAUGACCUGGUCCCGAAGGGUUUCACCUUGUCCCUUGAUGCUCUGGAGGCGGGUUUGCGUUUCCCUCUUCAUCCCUUCAUCGUGUCUUAUUUGUCUUUCUGGCGGGUUUCGCCGUCUCAGGUGACGCCGAACUCCUGGCGUGCUCCAGCGAAGACCGGGGGGACGGCGUGCUCCAGUAUCUUGGGUACGAACGGCGACCCCCGGUGUGUGCCUUCCAUGGGCUCCCCCGGGGCCCCGGCACGGAUCUCCUUCUGCACAUCGUCGAGCCGUUGGUUGAUGAGGCGCAACUGAGCGCGCAGGGAAUCUGCGGAGUCCGAGGAUGGUGCCUCGGGCUCCGAGCGGCCUCCCGGGUAGAUCGUCGCCUGUUCCCCGGGUUGUGAUAGCGGCACCCGAGGAGAAGCGGGGGGCUCUCGAGGCGGGGUGGGAGCUCGACUAGGCGCUCCCUGUUGAUAUGACGGUUGGGGAACCGGGGCCCGCGAUGGGCGGGAGACAAGGGGGACAAUGGAUUGCACCAUAUCGAUGAGUAGCUGGACCUGGUGAGUGAGGCCGUGGAAGGCUUCGGACGAUACGGGCGACGGAUUGCCGGUGGCUCCGUCGGGGGGCGACAGGCCUGGAUCGUUGAAGAUCCAUCAGUAGCGCUCCGAGGCCGUGGUAGGACGUUCGUCCCGAGGUCCUUGAAGCGGGGGGAGUUCCCCCGUAGCCUCGGUCGGGUAUGGCCCUCCAAUCGCAGGUCCGACACGACCGUCCUGAUGAUCCCUCGACAUGCUGGGCCCUCCUUCUAGCGCCAAAAUGUUAGUGUAAACACCCUUGAGCCGUGGCCUCGGGGCCGACGCGGCUUGGUCCGGAUCGUGUUGUCGAGGGGAUCUUCCGGUGGUGUGCCUUGCGGUGGUCCGGGGGAUGCGGGUUGUGCCGUUGGAUCCCCCUGGGGCUUGGCGGGGGCCGUCAUCUCGAUACCUGCACGAAGGCCGAGUCGGCAGGUCGGCCCGACCCCUCCGACGAUCAAGUUAGCAAUGAGGUGGAGAGGGUUUUGGAAGAAGAAAAGUAGAAGUUCCUCCAGGUGUGUUGCGCCUUUUUUCCCCCCUUUCCAUUCAGGGCAUGAGGAUAUUUAUAGGUAAGCUUGAUGUUACCUGAUGUGGCUGCUCGCAGGGGCAGGACGACACCCCGCGUGGUGCCUGGCACGGCUACUGGGGCUGCGUGGAGGGCCGGGCUGCCGCAGGGUAUGGGUGCGCCUCGGUUGACGUGUUCCUUAACUUCGGCCGAGCGCACGGGGCUAAGUGCCGGGGUUGUUGGCUGAGAGCUGGUGGCGUUGGCGUGACGGAUUGGGUCCAGUCAAGGCGUUAAUGCGCCUUGGUCGGCGUCCCGAGAUUUCGUUGACCUGGGGGCAUGAGGUGUUCGUUUAGGGUGACUGACGUCAUUCAAAUCUUGUCGUCGUUAUUAUCCUCGUCACUUACAUCCACAACAACUACUGCCUAGCUUUAAUAAGAUAAUAGGUGAAAUAAAGAAGGAUAAUAUAGGUCUGAAAAUAUAUGAUCUGUUUUAAUAGCAUGAUAAAAAAUUGUAUUGAAUUUGAUUGUUAAGAUGUCUGGUAGACUUGAACGGUUAGGGAAACAUCGGAUACAUAUUAUGUUUUGGUAUUGCCUAUUUUAUUCUGUCAAACCUGUACGGUCGGAGCACGGGACCGCAAUUCCACCAUCUGUGGGUGGAGUCGAAAAAGGAUGUAGGGGACACAA